UUUGGGUGUGUGUGUGUGUGUGCUUUUACACCCCUUUUUGGGGGCUUUAUCCUUCCUGUGUUAUGUUUUGGCCUCAGGGCUGCCUCUGCUCGAGCUGUUGUGGUGGCAGCCAUGGACCCUCCUGUAGAUUCCCCCUGGAGUGGGGCAGAAACACCCCAGAGAAAUCUCGGGUGGCCUGUGGGGCGCUUCAGGCAGCCUUGACCCUCAGAACCCCUCUUUUCCGCAAAGCUUCUGCGAAUCAGGCACAGACAUGAGUCUCUUGUCUGCCCAGGGAGCACGUUUCAGCAUCUCCAUCUGUCAUGGAAGAUGCUUUUAUUUAUGCCUCUCCUUGCCAGGAUUUUUGGCAGGUACUCUUUUUUUUUUUUUUUUUUCUCGCUGGUUGUUUUGACCCUGGAGUACACACGAGCACGUGGGCUGCGCGCCUGCGAGGUUCGCCAGACCCGAGGAGCUUGUUGUUCCCUGUGUUUUUAUUUGAGUCGGGUAAAGAGCUGACGAACAGUUGGUGAAACAAGUCGGGCAGGUCUUGGUCCGGGCUGGUAGAGGAGGCGGCUGUUUCUGGUGGGUGCCAGUGUCUGAGUCCCUCUCGGUGUAUGUGUGGUAACAACAUGUCUGUCCCCCUCCUCGCUGAUGCAGUGACUGUCUCAGGGGCAGAGCGGGAGACUGCUGCGGUCAUUUUUUUACAUGGCCUUGGAGACACGGGGCACAGCUGGGCUGACGCUCUCUCCUCCAUCCGCCUCCCCUACGUGAAAUAUAUUUGCCCUCACGCGCCCCGGAUCCCGGUGACCCUCAACAUGAAGAUGGUUAUGCCUUCCUGGUUUGACCUGAUGGGGUUGACUCCUGAUGCACCUGAGGAUGAAGCUGGAAUCAAGAAAGCUGCAGAAAACAUUAAAGCAAUUAUUGAGCAUGAGAUGAAGAACGGGAUCCCACCCAACCGCAUCAUCCUGGGGGGCUUCUCACAGGGCGGCGCCUUGUCGCUCUACACGGCUCUCACUUGCCAGCACCAGCUCGCCGGCAUCGUGGCGCUCAGCUGCUGGCUCCCGCUGCACAAAGCCUUCCCGCAGGCGGCAAAUAACGGCAUGAACAAGGACAUCGCCAUCCUGCAGUGCCAUGGGGAGAUGGACCCCAUGAUCCCCGUCCGCUUCGGGGCCCUCACGGCUGAGAAGCUGAAAUCUGUCGUCACCCCCACCAAGGUCCAGUUCAAAACUUACCCCGGCGUGAUGCACAGUUCCUGUCCUCAGGAGAUGAUGGCGGUGAAGGAGUUCAUUGAGAAGCUGCUGCCCCGCAUCUAAGCGGAGCCAAUCGAGACUGUCGCAGGGCAGGACGCCGAGGUCGCAGCCGCCAAUCUUUUCCCCCGUGACCUGUCCACUGCGAACGGAAGCCAUGGCACCCCACCGCCCUCCCGCCGCGCCCCUGGCCCCCCGCCUCUCCCUGUCUCCUCGCCCCGCGUCCUCACCGGCUGGGGGGUGCCCCAUCUCUCCCUGCUGCUCUGGGAGCUGAGAUUGGAGCUAAGGCGAGUCUUGGAGUGGCCUUUUCUCUCCUCCUCUUGCUCCAAGCGGUUUCUGGGGGGGUCACCAUCCCCUUGACUCCCCAUUCAGGCACCGCAGCGGGUGGGUCUGUCACGGUGCGGGUGAGGUUUUUCUGUUGGGUUUGGGUUUUUAUGUAACAGUAUUAAGGGUGGGACGUGGCCCCGUGCGGCGGGAGGAGCGGUGCGGGCACAGGGCAGGGCUGGGGCACCCUCCAGAGUCCUCCGUGGCUCAGAGCAGCCCCUGCUCCUCCUCUGCCCUCGGCCCGGCCUCUCCACCGCUGCUCUUGGCCUCCGCUCAGGCGACUCACGGGUUUUCAAUCAGAGCUCAGGAACCCGGGACUCUCCUGCCUCAAGGCCCAGGGGAGAGGCUCUGCUGUGGGUCGGUACCGCCGAAAGCUGCCCCGUCUCCCGGGAGCGGCAGAAAGGCGCCGCACAGCCCCUGCACCUCCUCGCACGGGGCCGCGGCCCCCCGCCCUGUCGCACACGCACACUCCCCGCCAGGCUCGCCCCCGCGCUCCGGCAGCCUCAGCCGUCGGCUUGUGGCAGCUCUGCCCUCCUCAAGAUAAUCGCCUCCUUCUCUUCCUCCUCCUUUCGUUGCUUUUACAAUCUCCCCCUCAGCCCGGCGAGGGGUCCCAGAGGUGUCUCUCCCUCCCUUAGCCUAGCUCUGCGCCCUCAGAGCCCCGAAGCGCUGCCGUUUACAGCCGGCGUCCGAGCGGCUUUGCCACGGAGCCCGCCUGGCGCCGGCCCGGUCCUUGACGUCUCUCUUGCUGCUACUUCUCCUUCCCUUUGGACUCGGGCUGGCUCGGGGAGGGAGAGGAGAGGAGAGGCGAGGGGAGGCCUCCUGGCCCUCAGGGAUGGCUCCUGGCGCAGCCGAAGGAAGCAGGUUUGCUCCCAGCCAUCAUCUCACCAGCAUUGAACGCCCCGGGGGCUGCUGCGCCCCGGCCUGGGGGGGCUCCCUGUUCCCCGGGGCUGGGGGGGCUCUCUUGGCCUUUCCGUGUACAAUCACAAGUUUUCCCGGGGUCCCUUGCCCGGCUGGCUGGAGGCUGCAGCCAAGGCUCCUGUUCUUUUGCUGGAGGGGAGCCCUGGCCAUGCCGGUGGCCGUGGCUGGUUGGGGCACAGGGCUGGGACCAUCCCCCCCGCCCCCCAGCAGUGCAGUUCCCUGGGCACAGAGCCCCCAAAAUGUGGCUCCUGGCUGCCCCCUCCCCUCCUGUAGGGCCGAGGGUACUUGCUGUUGAGCAGUGCUGCCCUUCUCCUCACCUCUCCUCCAUGGGCUGAGCCUGCAGCACUGUUGGGCCCUUCCAGGCUGGAGCUGUACAUGUCUUUUAAAAAAAAAAAAAACACCAAAAAAAAAUAAAUAAAAAACACCACAAAACCCACCUAGCCUACGGGCCGUCGCUCCCUCCUGUGUGCUCCGGCGCUGUGUGGGGCCAUGCCCAGCCCGGCCCCUCGCCCCACAGAGCCUCUGCCCGGUGGCCCGUGGCCAGCAGCGGGCUGUGGCCGGGCUGGGGGGGGCCAGGGCCAGCACCUCCGAGGGUGAAGGCUGCUCGGGGGGCGGGGGGGCUCGGCGGCGGCAGCUCUGCCCUCCCUCCCUGCGCAAAGCAAUAACCCGCUCUGCGGAGAGUCGGAUCUGUCAGACCCAUCCUCGGUUGAUUUCUUGAGUUGUUUUGGGUUGGGGUUUUGGUUUGUUGUUUUUUUUUUCUUUCUUUUUUUUCUCUUUCUCUCCCCGCCCCCCCCCUUAGGAAGUCUUAAACCAGCAAACCUGCUGCUGGCAUCGGGGCAAGCCCGGCCCUUCCCCCUCGCUUUUGGGGUUCAGUCCUGCUCUUUCUUCUACUUUGUCUGUUUUAAAGCUGCUGUGCCCUCCCCUCCCUGCGCUCGGCAGCGGCUCGGCGGGGGGGAUGUGGGGGAGGCCAGAGGGGCUGGGGGGGAACGCAGCUCCCCGCAGGUUACCUGAGCGCUGGCGGACAGACAGACCGACCUACUUGACUGUGAACUGGAACCGUGUGCGUGGGGGGGGCCGGCCACUCGUGGCCAUCCUCGGGGCUGUGCUGGCCCCGGGGCAGAGCAUUCCUGCUCGCUCCCCACCCGAGCAGCACGCGCCUGGCCGGGGCCGCGCUGAGCAUCCGGGAGGGAGAGCGGCUUCUCUCCAUUCCUCAAUACAGCUUUUUUCAGUUUGGGUUGUGUUGUUUGUUUUGGGGUUUUGUUUUGUUUUGUUUUUUUCUUUCUUCCCACCCCAUUUCUCUCUCUUUUGUCUUCCUUGUAAAUGUUUGGGGGUUUUUGUGUGUGUGUUCCACAGAGUCAAAUACAAGGUUAAAUAAAUUGUGAACCUCUCCCAGA